UUACUUCCUCGAGUGUUCAUUUCAUUUUAGCAAAACAUACUCCGGUAAAAGUUUAUACUUUGACUUCUGUUCAACUACAUCCACUCUUUUACUCCAAAUAAAGGUUCCAAAAGACAACAGCCUAGAACUCAAAUUCAUCCCUCCCAUUGCUUAUUGUAAAGAAGGACAUCCGACACUCCCCUUGUGUGUCAAGAAGGGCAAGUCAGGGAAGUGGAUACUUUAUUGCCAGUUGGUAUCACAGUCUUAUUAUUUUCAUUCAUAGAAAUGAGUUAUCCUGGAUACGGUGCUCCCGCAGGCGGAUACCCAGGAGGGUAUGGAGGUGCCCCUGCUGGUGGCCACCCCCCUGGUGGCCCUGGCUUUGGAGGAUACCCUGGUCAGCAGCAAGACCCUCUCUAUGGAUAUUUUGCUGCUGUUGCAGGCCAGGAUGGGCACAUAUCAGCGGAAGAGCUCCAGCAAUGCCUCACACAGGCUAACUUCUCUGGUGGCUACAAACCUUUUAACCUGGAGACCUGCAGACUGAUGAUCAACAUGCUGGAUAGAGACAUGUCAUGUACUAUGGGCUUCAACGAGUUCAAGGAGCUGUGGACCGUGCUCAAUGGCUGGAAGCAGCACUUCAUGUCCAUUGACCGUGACCAGAGUGGGACCGUGGACCCCCAGGAGAUGCACCAGGCAGUCACUUCCAUGGGCUACAGGCUGAGCCCACUGAGCCCACAAGCCAUGAACUGCAUCAUCAAGAGAUUCAGUUCUCAGGGGAAGAUCACCUUUGAUGACUACGUAGCUUGUUGUGUGAAACUCAGAACCCUGACUGAUUUGUUCCGAAAGCGGGACCAAGCUGGACAGGGAAUGGCCACAUUUCCAUACGAUGAUUUCAUCCAGUGCACGAUGAGCACAUGAAGAGACAGAGCAGAAAAAAAUCUGAGGGACUACCUCUUAACUCCCAUAAUAUUUACAAUUUAGCAUGUGUAAAAUUAAUUCUGACAUGUAUUUUUGAUACUCACAAAUCACUUGCUUUUUUUGAUUGCUUUUAUACAAACAUGACUAAAUAGGAAGUUUUGAAAUAGGAAGUUUUGAAAUAGGUAGUUGCUAUAAAAUUGUAACAUUACCUUAGGAAACUGGAAUAUUUGCCAACUUUAACCACUAGGUGUGCCUAUAAACCCGUGUCACCACUGCAUGUUCUCUAUGUUAUGUCACUGUUGAAAGUCUUUACUAUUCAUCAUGAUAAUCAAGAUAUCCCUAAAUAUAGCUGGGAGUAAUUUUGUCUGUAUGUGAAAGAUAGUAAUAAACACAACCAUAUAUGUGGAAUACA